GAAUUUGAAAAAUUGGAAAAUUCAAAUCAAAAUUUGUUUAGGAUAGUGAUUGUUCUGAAUACCGAUACGAACAUACAUAAUCAGCACACCAUUGCCUAUCUCCUGACCAAUUUAGUAAUGGAGCUGGGUGCCGCUAUCAUCACUCGGAAUUCCGUCGAUGGCAAGUAUCGUAUCCGUUGGCAUUCCUGCCUGCAUGGUUGGAACAACAUUGUGGAUAUCCUCUACAGACAAGCCAAGUUCUGCGAUGUUUCACUUGGCGUUCAUGGCCCUGCGGGCAUUCAGAUCAUCAAGGCGCACCGUUUCGUAUUGGCGCACGCAAGCACGUAUUUCGCAAACGUAUUCGAGAAUCUGACGACACAUCGCCUGCACGCGGCCGUAGUGAUGAUCCCUCCCAUAGUAAGCGAAAGCACGAUGAAUCUGCUGCUGCACUACAUUUACACCGGCGAGGUCAUAAUUCCGCAGGAUUUGAUUGGCGAACUGUUCAAGGCGGGUAAGAUUCUUCAAAUCAAAGGCUUCAUGACGACGUCGCCCCCCGGAUCCAAGCCGUUCACAACCGAAUGUCCGUUGAAGCCGGUCGCGGUUAAACCAAGGGAAAAAACGGCCACAGCCGUCCCAAAAGACCAGGGCAAAACACCAGUCACGAUAGCUGCGAUGCCAGUGGCGAUUUCUAAGCAUGUCCCAAACAAUGCCCAAGAGCUUGCCGGACCAUCUUUCAGAGUCAUGACGACGAUUGCUCCGAUUGCAAAGGAAAUCUGUGACGCGGCUUCUAGCCAUGCUGCAGUCGAGAAGACCACUACUGAAGAGCAACCAUCGGCGGUGGUGGAUGAUCCCAAUCAGAAAUUGGAGUCUAACCUCCCGAAAUUGGUGUGCUCGGCUUGCGAGAAAGCUUGCGGCACUGUUGAGCAGUACAAUUCGCACCUGGAUGUCGAGCACGGUUCGAUGGAUCCUCCCAUGAAGAAGCUUAAGCUAAUGGAAGAGGACUGGUCUGCGGAGUUCUACAGCUUUGUGCUGUGCAAAGAUAAGUAGUAACUUUCUUACUAAUAUUUUAUCUGGAUAUUCUGCUUGACUGAUUUUCAUAUCAUACUUAAUGAAAUAUGAUAUUAUUUUUUUUCUUGUUUUUAAAUCGUUGGACUCCUAGACUCUAAGUAUAUGUUGGUUUUCAAAUCGCUUUUUUACUGUAUGUUACCAAUAAAGAUUUA